AUGAGCGCAACCGAAGCCAACUACGGCGCCGUCACCACAUCGGCGCCCGUGGUCAACGGCGAUUCUCGCGCAUCCGCCGAUGAAGAGCAGCCCCUCCUCGGCGCCGCCGGGGGCAAGCCGGCGUCCAAGUCUCUCCGCAAGAAGCUGACCACGGACGUCACCCGCGACUGGGCCGACCUGGUCCUCCUCACGUGCUACAUCAUCACUGGCCUCCUCGACAGCUCCUCCAUCUCCAUCUGGGGCUCUUUCGUGUCCAUGCAAACAGGCAACACCGUCUAUAUCGGCCUCGGCCUCGCCGCGCCCACCGAGUCAACCCGCUGGAUCAAGUCCGCCACCUCCCUCGGAUCCUUCUGCCUCGGCUCCUUCUUCUUCAGCCGCUUCCACCGCCUCUUCUCCCCGAAGCGCCGCUGGGUCCUCUGCGCCUCCUUCAUCGCCCAGACGCUCCUCUGCGUCGCCGCCGCCCUCAUCCUCACCCUCGGCCCCGCCGCCGGCAAGGACGAGGUCUCGUGGAACGUCCUCGUGCCCAUCGCCCUCAUCGCCUUCCAGAGCUGCGGCCAGGCCGUCACGAGCCGCGCCCUGCGCUACAACGCCCUCACGAGCGUCGUGCUGACGAGCAUCUACUGCGACCUCUUCUCCGACGCCGAGCUCUUCGUCGUCCGCAACGCCGAGCGGAACCGCCGCGUCGGCGCCCCGUUGCUGCUCCUCGCCGGCGCCGUCUUGGGCGGCCUGUUCGCCCACUCGUCGCUGGGCAUCGCCGGCGCGCUGUGGACGGCGUCCUUCUUCAAGUUCCUGGUUGUCCUGGCCUGGUUUUUCUGGCCGGGUGAGUCGACAUCAGAUGAGGAGUAG